ACUCGGGAGUGACGGGAGGCGAUUUUUCAAUUAAUCAAGAAUAUUUAAAAAGAAUAAUAAAAUUAUCCAACAUUAACAAUAAACUCAAUCUAACCUCGAAUUAAACCAUCGGAAUUCAACCGUUUUGGUUAAAAAAUAAAUUGAUAAAAAAAAAAAAUCGGUUAUCAGUCGCACAUCAUCUCCCGAUAUUUUUGUUGUUCUUUUUUUACUUUUAUAAUAAAUCAAUUAGCCGUGUAGGGAUACGUUAAUUAUUGGAAAAGUGAAUUGAUCAGUGGAAUCUUUGGAUUAAUCAUUGGAUCAGGUGUGUCUCCAGUUUGUGGCAUCUGUCGAGGGUCAUCGCAACCCGGAAACACUUUUUAUCGAAAAAAAUAAUAAUAAAAAUAACAAUAAGUGAAGCGAGAGGAGAUUGCAUAUUUCUUUUCGAAGUGAUGUUAUGACAUUUUUUUUAUUUCAAGGAUAAAUCUUUUCCGCUUGGCACGCGCUAUCCUCGGGACUUUAAAUCACCGUAAAUACCACAUUAUCAGAACCAUUCAGCAACAGUGGCCCCAGUGCCGUGUAUUAAUCCCCUCAAGAUAAUCACCCAGCCCAACGAUUCACCUCUCAAAGCCAAAGAUGGACAUAGAGGUUCAGGUGGCCCUGAAUUUCGUGAUAUCGUACUUGUACAACAAAUUGCCACGUCGCCGAGUUAACAUAUUCGGUGAGGAAUUGGAGAAGGCACUGAAGGACAAAUUCAAGGGUCACUGGUACCCGGAGAAGCCCUUCAAAGGCUCAGCUUUCCGAUGCCUGAAAACAGGUGAUCCUAUUGAUCCAGUGCUUGAACGCGCUGCCAAAGAAUCUGGUGUACCAAUUCAAGACAUCCUGGAAAAUCUUCCAGCUGAAUUGGCUGUAUGGGUUGAUCCCGGUGAGGUUAGCUACAGAAUUGGUGAGAAGAGUGCCGUUAAGAUUCUAUAUUCAGAAUCAUCGGAUCUUCACGACGAGAGUUCAGCCGACAGAGAGGUGACCAAGACCUUCAAUCCCGAGGCCCAGUGUUUCAGACCAAUCGAGGCUGUUGGCACAUCACUGAGCGGUCUCAGCUUGAGCCCAAAGUCCACAUCACCAUUUCCAUCAUCACUUGGUAGCAGUGCCAGCAAUGGUUCAUCAAAUAAUCAACAGAAUGGCCAUGUAUCAGGCUCAUCGUCAGCCCCAUCACCAACACCAAUCACCAGCACCUUCAAGGGAUCACCAAGUCCUGUACCGGCAUUCAUACCGAGGACAACAGCACCGCUGACCUUCACCACAGCUACCUUCGCUCAGACCAAGUUCGGUAGCACCAAGCUGAAGACAAGCAGCAAACGGGCGAACAGAAUGUCCCCAACGGAAUUCUCCAACUACAUCAAACAACGAGCAAUGCAACAGCAGAUUCAUCAUCACCAUCACCACCACGGCCCUCAUCAAUCAGCCGGUGGUCUGCCUGUAUCGCAAAGCUCACCAACAAGUCGUUCCCUGUCACCGGGUGGUAUCGUUGGUCAACCACCGCAACAACAGCAGCAGGGCCAGCCCCAGCAGCACACAGAUCCAAGCGCCUACUUCUUCCCUGGUCCCUAUCAUCCACAAUUCUCCCACCGCAAUAUCUUCGACUCGUCCAGUCACGCUGGUUACCUGCCUGACCUCUAUGGCGCUAAAUUUCCAUCAUCCUAUCUUGAUCCAACCAUUGGACAUCAGUUCUAUGGUGGCGUGUCUGGCAGCUCACAGGCCAAUAAUCUUGGUCCUGUUGGCUCAGCUACUUCUAACGGUGGUGGUACGACACAACAAGAUAAAAAUAAUAUCGUUGAUGGGUUGAAUAACUUUGGGAUUACAUAUCCUGCCAGCCAGUAUCAACAUCUACUCGUUGCUAAUUAAUACACUGGCAGCCUGGCCCCCAAUUGUCCAACUCGUCUCUCAUCAGUCGUUUAAGUCAUAGAAAUUUCAUUGAUUGUCGUUUUUUCGUCCUUUUUUUUUGAGGUUUUUUUAGGUAGUGGAGGAAUUUGGGAGGAGAGGGGUCGAACAGAAUGAGUUUCUGCGAAAAAUGGGACUUCAAUGCCCCAGAAAAGGCUCUUCGAUUAGAAUCAGUUUGAAUUUCCCGCCUGAUUCAAAUCGACGACAAAAUGGACGCAUCCUGUUUUACCCCUCGAAGGAUAAUUUGUUUUUUUUUACCAAAAUUUUUUAUACUUGUUUUUCUCGUUGGGUACGGAGACACGUGUGGCCAGGUGUCCCAAAAUGGUUCAAUAGUUUCUUUGACACCAUUUUAUUAUUUUUCAAAAUUAUCUUUUGAACAAUUUUGGGCCAGAUUAUGGGUUAUUGGGAUGACUAAAUUGGUUAUUGAGAGGGUGAUACACAGGAUCGACAAAUGUGUAAUAAUUUAUUUUUUCACUGGAAUAGAAAAGGAAAAAAAAAUGAGGAGAGUAUAAUAUAUCUGUAGAGCCUAUGUAAUUAUAAUUCAGAAAAAUGCACUCACUUCAACGGGUUUAUUCAUUUGUGGAACGGUAUGGGAUAACUGUUGCGUUAUUCAUUGGGUUUAUUUAAUUUGUGAAUUUUAACGUGAUGGGGAUUGCUCUCAUACCGUUGCAACAAAGACUCGUCCUUUGGUACGAUCUUACAUUUUAUUUUUAUAAAAACGAGAAAAUGAUAAAUUGAUGUAGAUGUGUAGGGUACACGUGGGCAUGACGUGAGGUGUAAAUUCGUUCAUUUGUCCAUUCUUUUGGACGAAAAAUUUCAAUUUGUUCAAUUGGAAAAUGCAAAUUUUGCAGGUUUUACCGUGAAAAUUCAGGAAAAUUUGCA